AUGGCUACUGAAGGCAGGGUCAGCCCGGUGAGGUCACAGUGUCAAUGUGACGUUCUUACUAUGUCAUCCAGAACCCAGCGCUACUACCGGAAAAAAGCGGAGCAGGCUAUCGAAGGCGUGCUUGAAUCCAUUGCCCCUGGCAACGCCUCCUGGCUCUACCACCAAGUCAUGCAACGGCGGAUUCGUUUACAAGCGGCCGGGGGUAUAGUCGAAGACACGCUGGUUGCCAGACUGGUGAUUCUGUAUGACGAAGCCGCCUAUUGGUACACGAGACAGCAGAUCCUGUCGCUUUUCGUGAACGACUACUCGAAGAGCGAGCUAUUGGCUUUGAUUCCGGGUCUCUCAAAAUGGAGAAUCGACGAGGCAAGGAAGCACGUUUUCCAAACUAAGCCCGGGCAACCCAUUGACCCACCAGGGAUCACCAGAUGCCGUUUGGAUGCUGUGAAAGUUGACCACUUUCUUGACUUCUUGUCCAGUCCAUCAAUUCUUCAAGAUGUGGCAUAUGGCACCCGAACUCUUAAACUGGAGAGUGGAGAGAGCUUAGAAAUCCCGAACAUGGUGCGCACAGUUAUAUCCUCCCACCUAGUGCGCAUGUACCUGAACUUUUGUGUAGAGUCCAAUUUUGAGCCUCUCGGACGCUCCACGCUCUUCAAUAUAAUCAAGGUACGGAUUAUAAAACGUUCGUAAAGGACGAAUUUUGAUCAGGGUUAAUUGUAGUUGUAGUGGUGGUGUAGUGGUAGUAAUGGUUUGCAUUUAGAAUUAGUUUGAAACCAAAGCAUUUUUGUUUCUGUUCAGGUUCGUGGGGCUUCACUAAAGAAAUCGUUAGCCGGUCUCGAUAGCACUCAGACAGAUGGGGUACAGGUGCUCGCCACUCUUGAAGACAUCACUCAUCAGCUCAAACAAGCCGGUGAGAUACAAACACCUCCCAUUAUUACUGUAGGUAUACGAGUUGUCACAACUUUUAAUAAGCUGACGGAGUAUCAAUAUUUAUUAUUGUGUGUAUUG